AUGAAUAAAAAAUAACAAAUUUCCUGUGCAUGUCUAAAAUCUAUAUUACAUCUCAAGAAGAUACUCUCGAACUACCUAAAUUUGAAGAAAGUCUCCCUGAUAUUAAAACCGAAUAUCGCAAAGAUCUCAAGUAUGCAAUUGAAACAAGAACCAAAAUCUUCAUUUGGCUAAUCUUCCAAAUACCUUAUUGAAUAAAAUAAAAGUAAAUUAAAUACCUUUAAAUAGAAAUCACAUCCAAUGUAAGUGAAUAAGAACAUAAAACUUAAAUAGCAGACAAAAGAAUUUGA